AUGUGUUUUUUCAAGGUGGCGUCAACCAUAGAUGGAAGGAGAAAAGGUGCCUGUUUAUUUUGUCAAGAAUAUUUUAUGGAUUUGUACCUUCUGGCCGAAUUGAAAACGAUUUCUUUAAAAGUAACCACGGUGGACAUGCAAAAACCGCCUCCGGAUUUCAGAACGAAUUUCGAAGCGACGCCGCCGCCGAUAUUGAUUGACGGGGGACUCGCCGUUUUGGAAAAUGAUAAAAUCGAAAGGCACAUAAUGAAAAACAUACCGGGGGGUCACAAUUUGUUCGUUCAGGAUAAAGAAGUCGCGACUCUAAUCGAAAAUCUUUACAGUAAAUUAAAAUUAGCAUUGAUAAAGAAAGAAGAGGGAAAACCGACGGCUUUACUCACGCACCUUCGUAAAAUCAACGAACACCUCGCGAAGAAGGACACUCGCUUUCUCACGGGGGACACGAUGUGUUGUUUCGACUGCGAACUGAUGCCACGUCUCCAACACAUUCGAGUCGCCGGAAAGUAUUUUGUCGAUUUUGAAAUCCCCGGAGAGCUCACGGCUUUGUGGCGUUACAUGUAUCACAUGUAUCAAUUGGAUGCGUUCACGCAAUCGUGUCCCGCCGAUCAAGACAUAAUUAAUCAUUAUAAAUUACAAAUCGGAAUGAAAAUGAAAAAACACGAAGAAUUGGAAACGCCAACGUUCACGACAUCGAUUCCUGUGGAAAUAUCCCUGGAAGACUGA